CAGUGGAAAGAGAUAUCAUGGGGUUGGGUGGCCAUUGUGGAUCAGUGAGAAAGCUCUUCCAAAAGAUAAUUCAAGAUUUUUUCUCUUUAUUAUCUUAGUUAUUUAUAUUAUUAUUUAUAUUUUGUUUUCCUUAUUCUUCUCCUGAAUGAUGUAUAUGGAUAUGGAUUCUAAUUCUUAUUUUUUUACAUUCACUGAGUGAAAGUGAAUUUGGAAUUCAAGUCUGAGCCAAACUGGUAAUUUUCUUGAACUGUUAGUUAAUUCCAUUUGGGUUCCUUGUUUUCAUCUUUUCCUUUGCUCCUUUGGUCUUUUAAGUUAUCUGGUUCUGACUUCUAAGUUCAGUCCAUUUAUGACAUCAAUCUCUGGAGGAUUGUUUGGUUGCUGUUUCUUGUUGUAGCUGUUUAUGUGAUCUGAAUCUAUUCCAUUCCUUUUGUUCACUCUCUCUCUCUCUAUCUCUCUCUCUUGGAUUGCUAGCAUCUACAUGUUUCUUCUCUCCCUUGAUUUGAUCCCUUUCUCCAAGCUCAUCCUCAGAAAACUUCUGCUCUCUUUUUUGAUGCUCUUCAUUGUCACUCACCACAGAUUCACCACCUGCACCUCUUGCCAUUUCAUGCUUUGUAACUUCUCUUUCACUCAUUUCAGGACUAGUAUUAGUUGACCCAUAACUCAAAAACUAGUCUUGCUCAGUUCAGUUCACCUCACCCUCUUUUGUUUUCCAUCCAUUUGGUUGAUUUGGGGUUACCCUUUUUGGUUAUUGUUGACCUUGUUUGUGAGUAGACUAUUGGUUGUUAUUGCUGGGUGCUCUUGUAUGGAGGGUUGAUUACCUUGGAUGGAACUUGUUGGUUCUGAGGGUUGGGUUUAGUUUAGUGUCUCAAACCAUUGCAAAUUAGGUUGUGAUUGAGUUCAAGGAUGGUGUCGAAAUCCUAUUCAAACCUAUUGGAGUUGGCCUCUGGAGAGGCUCCAUCAUUUGGGUACAUGAACAGGGGAAUUCCAAGGAUUAUGACUGUGGCUGGGUUGAUAUCUGAUGUUGAUGAUGACCCAGUUGAGAGUGUGUGUUCUGAUCCAUCUUCGUCGUCGGUGCACCGAGACCGGAUAAUCAUGGUGGCUAAUCAGCUUCCUUUAAGGGCUCAGAGAAGGCUAGAUGGGAGUAAGAGUUGUUGGUCUUUUGAGUGGGAUGAGAAUUCACUUCUUCAGCUGAAAGAUGGGUUGGGAGAUGAAGAUAUUGAGGUUAUUUAUGUGGGGUGUCUCAAGGAGGAGGUGCAUCCAAGUGAACAGGAUGAGGUUUCACAGAUACUUCUUGAGACCUACAAGUGUGUCCCAACUUUUCUCCCACCAGACCAGUUUACUAGGUACUAUCAUGGUUUUUGCAAGCAGCAGUUGUGGCCACUGUUUCAUUACAUGUUGCCCUUGUCACCAGAGCUUGGUGGGAGGUUCAAUAGGUCACUGUGGCAGGCUUAUGUCUCAGUCAAUAAAAUUUUUGCAGAUAGAAUAAUGGAAGUAAUCAACCCUGAAGAUGAUUAUGUGUGGAUACAUGAUUAUCAUCUGAUGGUGUUGCCAACUUUCCUGAGGAAGAGAUUCAACAGGGUGAAACUGGGGUUCUUCCUUCAUAGCCCAUUCCCUUCAUCAGAAAUAUAUAAGACAUUGCCCGUUAGGGAGGAGAUCCUGAGGGCCCUCCUCAAUUCGGAUUUGAUUGGCUUCCAUACGUUUGAUUAUGCGCGGCAUUUCCUCUCCUGCUGUAGCCGGAUGCUUGGCCUCACGUACGAAUCGAAGCGAGGUUAUAUUGGAAUUGAGUACUAUGGUAGGACUGUUAGUAUCAAAAUUCUCCCUGUUGGCAUCCACAUGGGUCAGCUUCAAUCGGUUUUGAGGCUGCCACAGACGGAAGAAAAAGUUUGUGAGCUCAUUAGACGGUUUUCUGAUCAAGGAAGGACAAUGUUGCUUGGUGUGGAUGACAUGGAUAUUUUCAAGGGAAUAAGUUUGAAGCUGUUGGCCAUGGAGCAGCUUCUCAUUCAGCACCCUGAGUAUCAGGGAAGGGUAGUGCUGGUUCAGAUAGCGAAUCCUGCAAGGGGGCGAGGGAAGGAUGUGAAGGAAAUCCAAGCUGAGACGAAGGCCACGGUGAAACGGAUUAAUGAAACAUUUGGGAAACCCGGGUAUAAUCCUGUUAUUCUGAUUGAGGAGCCUCUCAAGUUUUAUGAGAGAGUUGCUUAUUAUGUUGUUGCUGAGUGUUGUUUAGUCACUGCAGUAAGGGAUGGAAUGAAUCUCAUACCGUAUGAGUAUAUCAUCAGUCGUCAAGGAAAUGAGACAUUGGAUAAAGUUUUGGGUUUGGCAACCUCCCCGAAGAAGAAAAGCAUGUUGGUUGUGUCUGAAUUCAUUGGCUGUUCCCCAUCUUUAAGUGGAGCAAUCAGAGUGAACCCGUGGAAUAUUGAUGCAGUAGCAGAUGCAAUGGACUCUGCACUGGAAAUGGCUGAUUCAGAGAAGGAGCUUAGGCAUGAAAAGCAUUAUAGAUAUGUGAGUACUCAUGAUGUAGGGUACUGGGCACGAAGCUUCUUGCAAGAUUUGGAAAGGACUUGUAGCGAUCAUGUGCGGCGAAGAUGGUGGGGGAUUGGGUUUGGAUUGAGCUUUAGAGUGGUUGCACUUGAUCCCAACUUCAAGAAGCUCUCAAUGGAGCACAUAGUUUCAGCUUACAAGAGGACAAAAACUAGGGCAAUCCUUCUAGACUAUGAUGGUACACUAAUGCCUCAAGCGUCCAUUGAUAAGAGUCCAAGCAGUAAAUCCCUUGAAAUUCUUAGUAGUUUGUGUAGAGAUAAGAACAACAUGGUUUUCCUUGUUAGUGCUAGAAGCCGGAAGAUGCUUUAUGAUUGGUUUUCACCUUGUGAGAAUCUGGGAAUUGCUGCUGAGCAUGGUUACUUUUUGAGAAUGAAGCGAGAUGAAGAGUGGGAAACACAUGUUGCCGCAACGGACUGUAGUUGGAAACAAAUUGCAGAACCUGUAAUGAAACUUUAUACUGAAACAACUGAUGGGUCCACCAUUGAAGACAAGGAGACUGCACUUGUUUGGUGCUAUGAGGAUGCAGAUCCAGACUUUGGAUCAUGCCAAGCUAAGGAACUUCUAGAUCAUCUUGAGAGUGUGCUUGCAAAUGAACCAGUAACAGUCAAGAGUGGCCAAAGUAAUGUAGAAGUUAAACCACAGGGUGUGAGCAAGGGACUAGUGGCAAAACGCCUACUUUCUGCUAUGCAAGAAAAGGGUAUGUGCCCUGAUUUUGUUUUAUGCAUAGGAGAUGACAGGUCCGACGAAGACAUGUUUGAGGUAAUCACCAGUUCAAUGGGCGGUCCGAUCUCACCUCGGGCCGAAGUAUUCGCCUGCACCGUUUGUCGAAAACCUAGUAAGGCCAAGUACUAUCUGGAUGAUACAGCUGAAAUAGUGAGAUUGCUUCAGGGCUUAGCCUGUGUUUCAGAACAAGUAGUUUCAUUUCAGAACAAAUAGUUUGUUAAGCUUGGAAAAAAUGGUGAUGGUGGUGGUGGUGAGAGGUGUUAUUACUAUUGUGCUUGCUUUACUUUGUCAUUGAGGAUGUAGGAUCGGUUGUGCUGCUCUUAAUACACAAUUAAUAUUAUUGUUUUCCUUAUAUUAUAUUCCAUGUAAAUUAUCCUAGUGGUUACUGAGAGAAGUUCUGUAUCGGAUUCUACUCCUUAACAUGCUUGAUUUCUGUCGGGAAAACUUGUACAUAGAUUUGGUUUCAUUCCAAUCAUGAACUCUUUUUGUGCAUUUCUUUCAGCCACAUGUUUGAAUGUCAUCAUGAUGCUGUUUGUUUCA